AUGUACCUUCCUCGAUGGCCUAAACGAAAGAACAGGAAGCCGCCUGAUAAAUUGGGUUUCUCUGCUGCAAAAACUGCCACUGAGAACCACGAGCAAGGCCGACGUGAACGGUCAGAUACGCCCACCACGACAUUAGAAUGCAUAGCAAUACCCUCUAUUACAACACCUUCUGCCACAGCACGCAAUUACAAUGAUGCGCACCCUAACGCAGGAAUCUCUGCCAAGCAUAUGAGAAUGCGCCCCCUGGAGCGUUCUUAUGUAUUCGGGUUCGGACUCCACAAUAAUGUUGAGGAGAUGUACGAGAAGCAUAGAAGUUAUUGUUUGGAGAAAGAUGAAGAAGGCUAUACAAGUAAAACAAAGCUCGGCAUGCUCAAAGUCGCUGUACCAGAGAACGGACAUGCCAUUCCGUUCCAAAUCAUAUCCGCCAAGCACACCAAUUUCCAGCAACAGCAACUCCUACAAGGAGUGCAGUUCAUUUUCGAUUCACCUGAGUCAUUGGGCCGAUUUACUGAUAUUAUAAAUUCGACCCUUUUUAGACCGCGCUUUGCCCCCAUCACGCCAACAGUUCAAAUCAAGCUGAACAUUUUCAACACCAAGUGUCUUCCUCAAGCACCAGAGCUGAUGACUUGGCAGGAAGUUGGCGUUGGCGAGAACCCCCCUGCUUCUUGGGCGUUGGCCUAUAAGCAUUAUGAUGAUCGGUUGAAAGCUGUAACGAAGUUCUGCGAGCUCCCACUGGUAGCCCUGGUCACUCUGCGCUUUCUCUACCCCUAUCGGAAUUUCGACAAUCUUGAAUCUCUUUCGAAAAUACUCCGGAUAGCCUCGAAUCUGGGAUUAUUGGGUAUUGAAUUUGAAAAGGAUAACUAG